GCGGCCAAUACUUUCGUGGUCUUGUCUCCAAGGUUAACUCCAAGGUACUAAAUGGAAUUGUAAAACUGAAAAAAACUUCGAAUUCAUAACAAUACCAAAAGUACUUUGGUGUAACAUUCAGUCAGUUUUUUCCAUCCCAAUCUAAAGGAGUAGAUAUGUCUGCUGAAAAUGUCAAUCAUAUGUGUACUCAAGAUGUUGUUUCAACACAGAAAGUUAGCAAAGCAGCUCGUCGAAGAGAAAAACGCGCUGCUCUUCAGCGGGCUCAACAAACUGCUGCUCUAAUGAAUAUACAAACAGAUAAGUCAAAUAGUCUCCGAUCGAUUGAAAUGAAGAAGUUAGGAGAACAACUAGAAAAACGUCAGUUGAAGCUUUUUGAAGUUCCUUCAGAUGGAGAUUGUUUAUAUCAGUCAAUAGCACAUCAAUUGAAAAUUCGAAAGUAUCCGCUUCACAGUUUGUUGGAAAAAUCUGGAUUGUCAAACGCUGAACAAGACAUUAAUAACUCUACGAUGGAUAAUAUCCAUCAGUCAACAAGACAGUUAGUUGGAAUUCUUCGUCAUCUUGCCUCCGAUUAUAUUCAGAGUAAUAUGGAUGACUUCUUACCAUUUUUGUCGAACUUGGAUUCCGGUGAACCCAUGAGUAUAGCGGAUUUUCAAAAGUAUUGUGAAAAUGUAAAAAAUACAUCAGUCUGGGGAGGACAAAUUGAAAUUCGUGCUUUGUCUACAGUGCUUCAAAUUCCUAUUGAAAUAAUACAAGCUGAAGGUGUUUCUUUAGUCAUUGGGGAGGAAUUUUCUGAACCACCAAUAAUAAUCAUAUAUCAUCGGUAUGCAUUUGCACUUGGAGAGCAUUAUAAUUCUUGUAUUCCGAAAGAAGUGACUUCGAAUAAUUCUUGGUGAAAAAAAAAGACACAGUGUGUUUGUACAUAACACUGUAAAUUAUACUUACAUUGAUUUUUAUUUUAUCUCUUCUAGCAAUAUCUGUAUUUCUCCGUGUUUUUUUCUUUUGUGUGUGUCUGAUUUCUUAUUGAAUUAGGUAUCAGUGGGUUGUAAAAAGUUAUUAAAGUCUACAACAAAAGCGAUAAAAAUAAAACAGUUUUG